AUGGUUGACCAGUCAUGGUUGCGAUCUUUCCUUGCUGACGGGUGCUGCUGAUCACAUCUUUAUCCCAGCCUGAGAACUGGACUGCCUUUACGAACAGCCAUUUUGAACGCUGAUCACCCUGACAUGGAAAACGAAAACAAAACAGAACGGCAAAAGAAAGAAAGGCCAUGGAUGCAACGACGGCGACAGGAGUUCGAAGAGCGCUGCCGAACGUCAGAUCGUCAAACCGAACGGUGGACUCGCCACCAGUUUGAUUGGGACUUGGACCUCCAAGGGCACAGCCGCAGGAGAGGUCCUUUAGAAGAAUGCCGAUAUACAGUGACAGUUUGUUGGGAACUCUGCCGUCGCGGCCGCGCCCAGCCUCAACACCAAUCUAAUACUUUCUCCCUUAUGACAUCAAUGUUGUCGCCCGAGUUGUGCCGACGCAUUGUGUCCGAGGCUUAUCCCCUUCGGCCCAAAAUUCAGUCCGGAUUGUACGUGGGUACCAAUGGUGACUUCUAUUACCUUUUGUAUGUUUUCGGUCCUAAUUCCAGUCGUGCCAAGUUGAUCUGGAGGUUGUUUCAUCAUAACUUUGACGUGGAUGUGUGGACGCCCGGAUACAAAAAUUAUGGGGCGUCUUGGUGGUCCAAGAUACACACAAACGUCAUGCGCUUCGUAAAAGAAGAAGAAGCAUCCAAUCCCGGUAACUAUGAUCGUGCCAUUGCCAGAUCCGUCGACCGACAGGGCGACCAAUGGCGAGAACGGCGACAUUACGGUGAAUCCACAAGAAGGAACAAUACGAUGGGUGCGUGAUGAUGUGGAUGCAGCAAUAGCGAGGCGAUCUGUGUGGGGAUGGCAUCACGGAAGAUCCGAGUGGGUCAUUCGGUACCGUGGCAUGGUGGAUUUGUUCUCCCUCCUCCGACUCCUCCUCCUCCUGCAACAACAAGUGCAGUUUCAGGUCUGUGCAACUAACCAAUUACUGCUACCGUGAAAUCCCUCCGGUUGCCGUAUGCUGAUGAGCUGAACUCCCACAUGUCAGUCAUGGUUGACCAGUCAUGGUUGCGCUACGCUUCAAAGUGGGGGCCACGUAUAUCUCCUCCUCUUCUGCACUAUCCGUUGCCGAAUCCACCACUUGGUCUUUAAAUGUGCUAAUCUGUUUCGGCACUGGUAUACUAGCAGGACUUUCCUUUCGUGGACGUGGCUUGCCAUGUAGCACUCGAUCGUUCUUCAUCUCGUCGGUUUCACUGAGGACGAAACCGGCUGUUUUCUUCAAAAGCUCUUUGGCGCUGCUUUCGAGUGGCCAUAGAUUGUAGUACCGGAAAGCUUCCAUAAAGCUCUCCGUAGAUUGUGAUCCACAGAUCCGUAGACUGAAUGACUUGCGUUAGGAUGGAAGAAGGGCUCAAUGAACACAAGACCAGCAGACAAAGACUUUCACUCACCGUG